GGAUGUCUGAUUCAAAUGUCCUACGAUUUCUCCUUCUCUGUGGAAAACUUAAACGAACUGUUCGAGCUGGUUGGACACGUUACAACAUAAACUCACCUGAAAGUGUUUCUGAUCAUAUGUACCGGAUGGCAUUGAUGGCUACCGUAAUCCCAACAAAUGAACGUGGAAAUUUAAACACAGAUCGAUUAUUAAAAAUGGCAAUUGUACAUGAUUUAGCUGAAUGUAUCGUGGGAGAUAUUACACCACAUUGUGGAGUAUCGAAAGAAGAAAAACUGUCCAGAGAAAAAGACGCUAUGAAACAAUUAUGUGAACUUAUUUCAGAAGAGAGCAGUGCAGAAAUUAUGAGUUUAUGGAAGGAAUAUGUUGAUCAGCAAACACCAGAGGCUGUUAUUUGUAAAGAUUUUGAUAAAUUUGAGAUGCUCUUGCAGGCCUAUGAAUAUGAACAUGAAACUCUUGAACCAGGGAAAUUAGAAUCAUUUUUCGAAAGUACUCUAGGAACAUUUAGCACAAGUUUGGGUCAAAAGUGGGUCAAAGAGCUGUGUUCAUUGCGGAAAAAUUUAUUUAUUCAGUGUGAAUCUAGUGAUAAAAGUGGCUAG